CCAACAAUUAAACCAAUAAGCCCACCUGGCUCUUUUUGUGUCCUUCUAUUUUUUUCUUAUAUGGUAAAAAAUAGGUCAUGGUGUAUAGGUCAGCUUUCAUAGUGUUUUUGGGAUAUAUUAGAUAUAUUUAGUUGGAAAAUUUGAGGAUGAGCAACGUGCUAUUGUAUUGUAAGCAUGUGCAUGUUGAAUACUUCUAAUGAGAGUAUAUGGCUAUCAUGGAAAAAACUCUCUUGAAGAGUUCUACUAAUGAACAGCAGAACUGAAUGCAAGUAGAGUGGUUUCAAAGUGGUUCAUGUUCUUUCUUGAAUAAUGGGAUCAAGAAUUCAGAUCUGUUUACUGGUUAUUUCCUUCCAAAUUUUACUGGUAGCAACGCAGAUGAAUAAUCUGGACUUUGCUGCUUUGAACGCUCUCAAAGAAAUUUGGAAGAACAUACCACUCAAUUGGGUUGGGUCGGAUCCAUGUGGCAACAGUUGGGAAGGAAUUCAUUGCACCAAUUCGCGUGUGACAUCUAUAACAUUAGCGAGCAUGGGAUUGACUGGUCAGCUGUCCGGAGACAUUCAAUGGUUGUCUGAAUUACAGACUUUGGAUCUAUCAUACAACAACGGUUUGACAGGAUCUCUUCCUCGAUCAAUUGGAAAUUUGACUAAGUUAUCAAACCUAAUGCUGGCUAGUUGCGGUUUCAGUGGUCCAAUUCCAGAGACAAUAGGAUCUCUGCAGCAGCUGAGCGUUUUGUCUCUGUCUUCCAACAGCUUCAGUGGUCCAAUUCCACCUUCAAUUGGUAACCUCUUUAAUCUUUAUUGGCUGGAUCUGACUGGCAAUAAGCUUUCUGGAACUAUCCCUGUCUCUAGUGGGAGCACACCUGGUCUGGAUAAGCUGGUUAAAGCAAAGCACUUUCAUUGUGGAAGCAAUCAGCUCUCUGGUGAAAUCCCAUCUCAGCUUUUCAAUUCAAAUAUGUCUCUUAUACAUGUGAUUUUUAAUGACAAUCAACUCAGUGGCAAGAUUCCUUCAACGCUAGGACUAGUGCAGACUUUGGAGAUAUUGUUCUUGUCGAACAAUCAACUGACUGGCCCUUUGCCCAAUCUUACUGGCUUGAAUUCUCUCAACUACGUGGAUUUAAGCAAUAAUACUUUUGACAAGUCAGAUUUUCCUCCAUGGGUGGAAACCUUACAGUCUUUGGGAACAUUAGUGAUGGAAAACACAGGACUUCAAGGUCAAAUUCCAGUUGCCUUCUUCAACCUUCCACUGUUAAUGAGAGUUGUAUUGAGGAACAACCGCCUUAAUGGCACUUUGGAUACCGGGCCCAGCUGUAGUGACCAACUGCAACUUAUUGAUUUGCAGAACAAUUCCAUAAUUGACUUUGUGCCGGGAAUGCGAUUUAAGUCUGAGUUAAUACUUGUAGGAAAUCCAGUUUGUGAGGGAAAACAAGGGAUAAAACCAUACUGCAGCAUUCAACAGUCUAAUUUCUCAUAUUCAACACAACCAAAUAAUUGUGUGCCCGUUACCUGCAAAUCAGAUCAAAUAUGCAGCCCCAGCUGUAGAUGUGCUCUUCCAUAUAUGGGUUCCCUAAUCUUGGCAGCUCCUGCCUUUGAUCAAGAAAACUCGAGUAUCUACAUGUCUCUCGAGAAUUAUCUGAUGAGUUCUUUUCGUUCCCAUCAACUCCCUGUGGAUUCAGUUUCUCUGAGUAAAAAUUCAUAUUCCCCCGUGCUAAGGUUAAAAAUGUUCCCAUAUGGUGUAGACCGUUUCAAUCGAACAGGAAUUUCUGGAAUUGGGCUUGUGCUGCACAACCUAACAACUCCCUAUUCUGAUAAGACUUUUGGACCCUUAAGUUUCAUUGCCGAUCAAUAUGUGUAUUUUGCAGGAUCUACAGGCACUAACAAGUCAUUGAGUAGGGUCAUUAUUGGAGCAGCAGUUGGUUGUUCUUUGCUUGUGAUAUUGUCCCUCCUUGCCGGAAUUUAUGCUUUUCAUCAAAAGAGAAGAGCUGAAAUUUCUGAUAAGCAGAACAAUCCUUUUGCUUCUUGGGACUCAAAUAAAAGCAAUGGUGGUGUUCCUCAGUUAAAAGGAGCUAGGUGUUUCUCAUUUGAAGAGCUUAAGAAAUACACAAACACUUUCUCAGAAGCCAACUGUAUUGGAUCUGGUGGCUAUGGAAAGGUAUAUAGAGGAACUCUUCCCACUGGGCAACUGGUUGCCAUCAAAAGGGCUAAACAAGGAUCUAUGCAAGGUGGUCUUGAAUUCAAAAGUGAGCUUGAGCUUCUGUCUAGGGUUCAUCAUAAGAACGUUGUCAGCCUUGUGGGUUACUGUUUCGAGCAAGGUGAACAGGUGUUGGUGUAUGAGUAUAUUGCAAAUGGUACACUAAAGGACAGUCUUUCUGGGAAGUCUGGAAUCAGGCUGGAUUGGAUGAAGCGGCUUCAAAUAGCCCUUGGUGCAGCAAGUGGUUUGCAAUAUCUGCAUGAACUCGCCAACCCUCCGAUCAUACAUAGGGACAUCAAAUCCAACAAUAUCUUGCUGGAUGAAUACCUGAAUGCAAAAGUUUCUGAUUUUGGUCUGUCCAAGAGUCUUCUUUACAGCGAAAAUUGUCAUAUUACCACUCAAGUCAAGGGGACAAUGGGCUACUUGGAUCCUGAAUAUUGCAUGACCCAGCAGUUGACUGAGAAGAGUGACGUUUAUGCCUUUGGAGUGCUAAUGAUUGAGCUGAUAACUGCGAAACAGCCGAUUGAGAAAGGCAAAUACAUUGUAAGAGAGGUGGGGCAAAAAAUGGACAAGGCAAAGGAUCUAUACGAUCUUCAUGAGAUUCUCGAUCCAAACAUUUUGGGCACCGCACUGACAGGCUUAGAGAAAUUUGUGGAUUUGGCAAUGAGGUGUGUCGAAGAAGGAGCGGGGAGGCCUACAAUGGGUGAGGUAGUAAAAGAGAUUGAGAACAUCAUGCAAAUUGCCGGUUGGAAGCUUAAUGUUGACACGGUGUCCACUUCAGUUGGUUUUGAAGGGAUUAGCAACCAUCCUUAUAGCGAAGAAAGCCUCAUUAUUUAUGGCAGGGCCUUGGCACGUUAAAAGUUAGUGCCGCAGUAAGUCUUAUUAAGCAUUUUCGUGUAGAACAUGUGAGCUUUGUGAUGUUUGUACCAUGUGGGAAGAACCAAACUAUGUAUUGUAAUGAAUUAUUGGCUUUUCUUUCUUUUGUUGGAUGGUCUUAGGUGUGUUGCUUGUCUAGUAGACUAAAGAAGGGACGAAGGGAAAAGUGAAACGAAAUGAAAAUACUGACGUACAAAUUGUGUGUAUAGCAAGCUAAGUCUUGUGUUUUUUCUAUAAAUAAGCUACUAUUUUCUGUUCUAAGCAA